UACGUUUCACACCCAAUUGCAUCAGCGUCUGGCGUUCGGGGUGUUCGCAUAAGUGACAAUGGUGGCCGGCGGUUGUUGUCGAAGAGUACGCACCGGAGACGGCAUCGACUUCUCACCAUCGUCAUGGGCACACGACCGUCCUCAGUGCGUGGCGUCCAAGGUUGUCUGCAGAGGCGGCGCUGUGUUCUUCCACGUGGCGGUGUUUGUGCAGUCGUGUGUAGUUAUUGAUGUGAUGUCCUUGGAAGCGGCGUUGGGGAUGGAUAUUGACGGCGAGGUCGGGCGUGACAGUCUGACGAGGGCAGAGAGGACGGCUGUCGCUGCGGCGGUGAAUGUCGUCCUGUUCCGCUGCCAAAUGGCGAGCAGCGAGGGGAAGUUCAAAGCGGCCGUUCGUGCACGCCGCAAGCUGUCGGCGCUGCCGACGAGUGGCCAGUGCUUGGACGUCGGUGCCAUUUCCGACGCGGUGCUGCAGGUCUGCUACGCGAUGGGGUGCGACGCGUUUCCACAAGCAACUCCAACGUGGUGGAUGAAGCGGCGGACGGGAGGUCCGUGGGAGGAUCUGCGGCAAUGUGAUUACGCGACAAAUGACUACUUCAAGGACAAGCUUCAAAUGUCGCCGCGUGUUUUCCGCGAGAUCGCGGAGACUCUUUCCCCACUCCUGCAACGCCGUGUGACGUUCUACAGGGUGCCCUUGCAGUCGAACCACAUCAUCGCCUACGCUCUGUGUAGGUGGGCGACAGGGGAGACAUACGACAGCGGGAUGUGUAGCUUUGGCAUUGGCAGGUCUUCCGGCAUCACGGCGGUGCGGGACGUCACUGCGGCAUUGCUUACUGCGUACCCGAUAAGAUAUCCUGGCCCACAGGCGCAGGUGGUCGUCGACAUGAACUUGCGUGUGUUGGACGUCUUCGUCGGUUACCCGGGCAGUGUGCAUGACAUGAGGAUGCUGAACCUGUCCAGUUUGUGGGCGCGCGCGGAGGAAGGACAACUUUUCACUGGGCCGCCUGUGAUGCUGCCUUUCGGUGUGCGGACUAAUGGCUACUUGCUCGGCGAUAACAGUUAUCCCCAAUUGGAAUGGAUAGUUGUCCCUUACGGCAGUCUCGCGCAGCACCCGUCAGAGGCACGGUUCGUCAACAAACAGAAGACGGCCAGGGGAGCAGUGGAGAGGGCGUUUGGCAGACUGAAGGGGAUGUGGAGGUUGUUCCUCCGCACCCACAAGUGCAACAUGGAGACCUUGCCGCAGCAAUUUGUCGCCGUGUGCAUCCUCCACAACAUACUCAUCGACGCAGGCGUCCCGUUUGACGCCAAUCUGCUGUGGGAGGUGGGUUCGAACGGCGUGCGUUGCAGAGUCGAUCUUGGGAUGCAUCAGCCACUGAGGCCGGUGUGCAUGGAGUAAUCAACGGGGGAUGCGCUGACAUUGAGGGACGCGCUGGCGGAGCGGAUGACUGCACAGUGAGGAUGGCCGUGUGUGCAGGUGGAGACCCCGCUGUGGCCGUAGU